AGUGGGACGUCAACACUGGGUCAAAGGUAUCUGGUAGACGAUAUCGGCCCCCGUCGCGGUUCAGUGAUAUUAUCAUUAUUAUAUAAUUAUCCAGGCUGCGUCUGCGGCCAGUAUAAGAACUGCCAGGCGUUAAAAGAUGCCGGUUUCACGACGAACGGCCGGUACACGAUAGACAUAGACGAGACGGGCAGUCUGACGUCCUUUGUCGUGUACUGUGACUUCACGUCCAGCGCGACAGCUGUCACCAUCCUCAACCACGACAGCGAGACACGGACACAGAUCACGGGAUUCGACAGCGCAGGCGAGUACAUCGACUCCAUCGCGUACGAGGUCUCCAUGACGCAAAUCGCCGCCGUAGUCUCGGACUCAGCCACCUGCCAGCAGCACCUCAAGUACGAGUGUAUGCACAGCGCCUUGGGACUAUCAGACAGUAACCCGUACGCGUGGUGGGUGGACCGGUCAGGCGCCCAGCAGACCUACUGGGGCGGCGCCACGGGUCUGACCGGCAAGUGCGCGUGCGGCGUCGACGGCACCUGCGCCAGCGACCUGACGACGUCGGCGACGCUCACCUGUAACUGUGACGCAAACGACGCAACAUGGAGGAUAGACGAGGGCUACCUGACAGACAAGUCAGUCCUGCCCGUGACCAUGCUGCGGUUCGGAGACACCGGGCAGUCGGCGGAGGAGGGUUACGUCACACUAGGGCCGCUGCUAUGCUAUGCAGGCGAGUCCACCACCAUUCCUCCCGUCACAGCCACGCCGGUGCCCUGGGUCCAGACGGCAGCAGGCAUCACCGUCAUCAUCAUCUGUAUCCUCAUCUUCAUCGGCAUCGUCAUCAUGCUCAACUUCUGCCUGUGUGCGCCCUGGUGGAGGAGAAACUGUACAAGAUACUGUGGGUGUUGUAAAUGCUGCGAUGCCUGUCUGUGUUGUGAUGGACCUUCCGUAGGACAGGCCCAGAAGUAA